UAUCGCUUUGCAACACUUCAACUUAUAGCUUUUUAAAGUCUGGAGGUUUUAUUUUCAAACAUUAGUGCUAAUUUAACUACAAAAAAUGAUUGCCGUUAAAGUAUGGCUUUUAAUGGCCUCUACGGUAGUUUCAACAUAUUGCAAUGUUAUAUACGAUCCGAAUUUGCUGCCUCAUGGAUGCGCCGAGAACAAGGCAGUUGAUGGUGAUUAUAUUCCCCGCGGUCGUGUAGUUAACAUUGGCGAUCUCCCUGUUUACGAGGCCGCCGACAAUGUCGACAACAGGCGAAUGCUCAUCGGUGUCUAUGACAUUUUCGGAUUCGCGAAUUCCAACAUGAAACAAGUAACUGAUCACAUGGCUCUUCAAGCGGGUGGUUUUCGAGCGGUUUUACCGGACUUUUAUCGUGGAGAUCAUUGGGGUCUUAAUGCACCCAUAGACCCAAUAGAGCUUUCUACCUGGCUACAGCGUGUGGGAGAUUGGGAUUCAAUUAUCAAACCAGAUUUGAUCAACAUUGUGAACCAUUAUCGGAGUGAAGGUGUUGAGGAAUUUGCUAUAUUUGGCAUGUGUUGGGGAGGACAGAUUGGUGCACUUUCCGCUAUUCAACUUUCUGAUUACUUCAUUGCAAGUGCUCUUGUUCACCCAUCGUUUGUUACCAAUGAUCAGGCACCACUGGUCAGAAUACCGAUGUAUUUGAUUCCAUCACGUGACGAACCUGAUAUGAUACCAUUCUUCCAAGUCUUGCGAAUCAAUUUUAAUGACAAUAGUGGCCACCGACGAUUCGAUGAUAUGUUUCAUGGAUUUGCAGCUGCUCGAGGAAAUUUUAGCGAUCCAUUGAAUCAAAUGCACGUAAAUGAAGUGAUCAGAACGCUUGGUGUUUUCUUUGAACGUAUUCUUUGAGAUAAACAUUGUACGUAAAGGGUAAUAAAGAGAGCGAUUUUUCAAGGAUAUUUUUUGCAUUCCU